AUGCAACGUGGGCUGGGCUCGACUGCGACGCUCUUGCGAGCACGCGAGCUUGGCAUUCGAGCCCACUUUGAACCGUCACCCUCGGGCCGGUACUGCGAGCCCCUGUGGCCAGUUCGAGCGACGCACCCGGGAACAACCGAGGCUGCCGUCGGUGCGAGUCGAGCGUUCCUCUAUCGGUUAGCGCUUUGCUCUGUCUGGGACGGGCACACCGGCUGUGUGAACGCGCUCUGCUGGAACGAUAGCGGAACCCUGUGCCUGUCUGGCUCGGAUGACACUCGCAUCGCGCUCUGGAACCUGAACUACCAGCACCUCAACGAGGACGGGGAGUUGUGGCUGCCAAACGCUCGGAGUACGACACGUAGGGGACCUUUAGAGCCAAAUGACUACGAGCGGUACCUGGCGGCGGAGGAUGAGCCCAGAGCGGCUCCUGGUGUGUCGCCGGAGCGUUGGCGUCAGCGCCCGCUCCUCACCUUUCAAACUGGACACUCGGCAAAUAUCUUCGACGUUCGCUUCGUUCCGUUCACCGGCGAUCGGGUGAUUGUCAGCUGUGCGGGUGACCACGAGAUCCGUGUCUGCGACCUCGAGAGGCGAUGUAUUCGCACUGUCUGCUGCCACACGGGGCGCGUCAAGAAGCUCGCUGUGGACCCGCAGAACCCGCAGGUGAUAUUAAGCUGCUCCGAGGACGGCACUGUGAGACAGUUUGAUUUGCGUGAAGCGCAUCGACACCGAUGUCGUCCGACACUGAGACAUAGCCGUGACACCCGCCGUUGUCAGAACAUCCUCCUCGAUGUGAAUGAGAUCGAUUGGCGUCGUAUUCAUGCCUCCUUUCAGGAACAGGCGUUCGAUAGCGAGCACGAGCGGACCUAUCGCCUGCGGCAACUCUCGCCGCAGAGAAAUCUGCUCAUCACGGAACCUUCCAUUGAACUUUACAGCCUCAAACUACAUCCGUUGGAUUCGAAUCGGUUUGUUGUCGCUGGAACCAAUGAAUUUGUUCAGCUCUAUGAUCGACGAAUGUUGAGUCAGUUGCGAGGGCCUGUUCGAGUGUAUGCCCCACUAGAGAGGCGCACGGUCGCGGAGCAACAUCGUCAAGAACGUGAGGCGUAUCGCCAGGUGCUCCUUGAGAGAGAACGUCGUGCCGCCCGGGUCCGCCGGCGCAACUUGCGUCGACUUGUCAAUCCAGCUGGGCAUGUCUACGAAGAUACUGACCCCGACGAUGCGGGUGGCGGUCUGGUUGAUACGGAACCGAUCCUCGGUCGGCUCGGUCGUAUGCUUCUCCAAGAGAUGUAUGAGAGCGUUUCGAUUACCGGUGUGGCGUUCUCUCGGGACGGUUCUCAGCUUCUGGCAAGCUACGCACACGAUGCCAUCUAUCUCUUCGAUACCGAGCCGAAGAAAGGCUCUUUUCUCUGUGGUGGUGGUGGCGGUGGCGGUGGUAGUGGUGGUGAUUAUGAAGCGCCCUCUGAAAGGCCCGCGGAAACAAUCGUCGAUGCUAUGGAUCAGCGGAGCAGCAGGGUAGAGCUGCAUCAACAGCAGCAGCAACAGCCUAUUGUCGCAAGCAAUGCACCCCUGUUCGCAGAUGAUAGCAGCGAGCGGACUUCGAUACCUCAUGAUCUGCAGAGUGAGGGCGUUUCAAGGCCAAUCACGCGGAGAAGGGCCCACUCGCUGCGCAUCCAGACGCAGGCUAGUCACAGUGAUCGAGUAAUCCAGGCGGAUUCCAUGAGCGCACAGGCGCACACAGCAUCACAACCUCAACCAAUGACGUCCACAACGCUAUCCGAACACUCGGAGGUGAGCAUUUCGCAUGCGAUUCGGCCAACGGGUAGUGUGACGGGAUCGCGAAGCCUACCUCCUGACUGCAUUCGCGCAACUGCUACCUCGGGCGAACAAGCGGAAAGCAGUCUAUCUCGUUUGGAUGGCGCCACAGACCUCGGAGUGGGUCCGCCUGGACGCGAUGCAGUACUCCAAGUCGCAGAGCGAAACAUGCAGAGCUUUGCUGGUACCGCUGAUGAGCCCGCGGGCUCUCGUCCGGAGACGCAUUCGCUCGUGAGCCGCCUCAGUGCGCCUCCAGCAGCAAUGGCAUCGCAUCCUUCGGUGCGCACCAGCGUCGACGUAUCGAGCGCAAAUCGUCCGAGGGUGUUGCGAAGGGGGUCAUCUGAGCCGCAGGAAUACGAAGCGGCUGAAUCGAUGCAGGUCCGGGGCCAGAUGCGGAGCACUUUGGCGGUGGAUGGCGCAACCUCGCCUGCCGACGAGGAGCUGGAGCCGCCCGGUGAUUGGACGCGAGUACCUCGCUGGCUGACGACGCGCUGCUCGCCAGACGGUUCCUAUGUGCGUUGCUUUCUGGGGCAUCGCAACGCCAUCACCAUCAAGGAGGUGAACUUUUACGGUCCAAACGACGAGUACGUCAUCUCGGGUAGCGAUGAUGGUCGCGUGUACAUAUGGGAUCGCUACACCGGCGAUUUGAUCCAGGUUUUCCUCGCAGAUCGCGACGUUGUCAACUGCGUCGAGAAACAUCCCUACGAGCCGUACCUGGUGACUUGCGGCAUUGAUGCCACGAUCAAGCUGUGGCGACCAGAAGCGCCCAUGCCGCGCCGUAUCCGCGACUUGAGUCGUAUUGUACACGAAGCGAGCACGUAUCACCGGCAGGAGGGAAGACCGCGGAACGAGCUGCGCGGUGCUUGGCUCGACAUGUACGAACUCUUUUACAUCAAUUUGGAACCUAUUGUAGGCGUCGCACCGCAAACCAGACCAAAUGAUCCAGCAGAGCAGGCGGGUUCCGUCCAUUCUCUCUCCGAGGAGGAGGAGGAGGAGGACGAGGAGGAGGAUUCUGCCAACUCUGGUAGCAGUGCGGAUGAAAUAGAUGCGUCGGGAGAGAGCGAUAUCGAAGCAUCGAGAGUGCGCAGAGCAGCCUCUAGCGCACCCGAGACUCGUCUGGAGCUGGAAAUGACAGCACGAGACCCCCUUUUGGAGCGCCUUCUCCCCGCACGAGAUAGGCAGUUCGAGCAGCCACGGCAUGCGUCCCGCUUUCGCAACACCAACACCGAUGAAUCGGACGCUACCUGA